AUGACACUUCGAACUACUUUCAGACGCCUUGCAAACCUGAAUCUUCUUGGCUCUCUUUUGACCCGGAAUCAAACCGUCCUCCUCCCACGAACAGCUACAGCUACCUCUCGACACAACACAAGACUACUCAGCAACACCAGAUCCCUCAACAUGUCAAACGACGACGAUUACAUGGCUUUCCUGAACAAGGCCAACCAAGACACCGGCGCUGAUGCCGCGACUCAAGAAAAGGCUACCUUCAAGACCAAGGACCAGGGCGCUCAAGUCCCCAAACCUAUCAGUGACGUGUGCAAGAACGCCGUAUACACAUCCGACGCAGACGAGCCCUUCCAAGAGGUUUCCCUCAAGUGGGAGGGCAAGAAUGGCCUCCCCAGCGAGUCCGAAUUCGCCAAACUCAUCAACCACUCCUCCCCCGACUCGGCGGACAUCAAGAUCCUUGAUCCUCUCAACUGGGAUUCCCACGGAAAGUACACCGACGUCAUCGAGGCUGUUCGAGAAGCCUCGCAGGGUAAUGACGUUCGUGUAUAUCAAGUGACGAGAGAUGCUACGAGGACCGAGUAUUGGGUGGUUUCGCACGCUGACGGCAAGCUGAUUGGUGCCAAGGCACUCUCUGUUGAGAGCUGA